AAAGUGACAGGUCUCAACUCGCAUCGUUCCGCCUCGCGUUGUUGACAUUCGUUGUGAUCAGUGAUUGGGGCGUCCUUACAUCCGGAUCACAAUCAGCAAAAAAGAUAUAUCAAAAACUGGACUAAAGUGUUUACCUCGCGUCAUCACAAGGUGCGGCCAGUUCAGCCUCCAGAUCGAAAAGUCACGAGUGAUUGAAAAUAAUUUUGUCUUCCGGAUCCUGAAUUUCCAAUCGCUUCAUUUCACUCGAUGAACUAUUGGCCCUCUGUCUAGUGAUGCGAGUGAGAAGAUAAGAGAUAGACAGCAGUCACUGGGAAAUAACGCACAGAGUGAAAAAAAAACAUACGAAUACAAUCGGAAUGAAUUGUAGUGGUGGUGAUGGUUUGGUAGGAACACCCGGUGGGGAGGUAUGGAAGCUGAAGGCAGCCGUUUGGCUCAUCAGGGGCUUCACCACCAUCACAAGCAUCAGCUGGCCCUGCCUUCACCGGGAAUCCCCGGCCUCGAUGUCGUAAGAGCUCUUCACCAGACGGUAAUAUCUCUGCGAAGUGCAUUAGACUCGUCACGAGCCGAACUCCGACGACUCCGUGAAAUAGUCGGUGAUUUUCGAACGGAAAAUUACGCCGAGGCUGUUGAACGCCUGUCACUGGAGAAUCACGUACUCCGUCGACGUAUACUCGAUAAAGAUAAUAACCCCAGCAUUAACGAUGACACACCAGUCACACCCGGACCAGAGUCGAGGUCCAAUGCUAAUCCAACAACACCAGUACUUUUAAUAAGUGAACAUCCUUCAGAAGCUAGAACGACAAUGGACGAGGCGGAUUCGUCAGUCCCUGAAAUAAAGGAGAGUGCGGAGAAGGAAGAGGUAGAUAAAUCAUCGGAGAUUGUGGAAACGGAGGAUAAAAAUCUCUCAAAGGAGGAGGACACCCCCCAAGAUCUGUUGGAGGUACCCGAGAAAGAUCCGGAGGACAUAAGCCUCCGGAGUGUCUCGGACGGUGAUAAUUCCGUAUUCAGUGACAAUCCAGACUGCAGUAAUCUUCAACAACUGACACCAGAGGUGAAAAAUGUCGAGUCCGAGAAUGAGUCCGAGGAGCUGGACGACAUAGAAUUGAUAUUCACGACUGCUGAAACAUGUAGCAGAGAUGUGGCCCUCCAGGAGGAUCUCGUUUCCAUCACGGAAGGCGAGACCUGGCAGCAUGGACAGCCUGUUCUACUCAAGUACACCAAGUCUUCUGAUGAACAGGCUGUUUGCAAUGGGGAAAAAACUGGCACUAGCUCGGUGGAGGAGGCACUGUCCUCGCAGAGCUCGUCCAUCGAUAGGGAGGAGAGUGUUGACAGAUUUGACGAGAGCUCCAACACAAGACUCAAUAAAAUUUGGUCACAGUGCUCGGUUCUUGUGGAAACUGAUAUCAGCAAGUGUGGAGUUGUUGAAGAGACUGAUAGUGGCACUAGGCACAAUGCUGCGAGGAGAAAUACACUUGCUGCACCACCUACAGCUUACAGACCCAUUAUUCACCGAGAGGCCGUUGCCGCUGGUAGACGAAAGAGUUCAGCUCCCCUGCGUCCAGUUAUGGAUCGCAGUUGCGGUGGAAGACGUGAAUCCGGGGCUCAAACAGACAUUUCAGCGCUUCCUGCACAAUGGCGUUCUGAGAGUUAUCUUGCCCACAAAGUGGCCCACACAUUUACAACAUUGCCCAGUAAGUUUGCACUUCCUGCUGGAGUUGCUGGGAGAUUGAGAAUAUCGGACAAAACGAGGAGUGAAGCCAGAAGGGUUAUGCUAUCUGACAUAAGCUUUACGAGCAUGGUGCCAGAAUUAUCAAGGAGUGCUGAUCAUCUUUGUCAUGAUGCACAUUCUCAGAAUUGUUUCAAUUCCCGUGGCUGUGGCAUUCGCACCCCCGACGUCAAUCGUCGUGAAUCCCUGGGAUCGCCAGCUGGCUACUGGCCACGAUGCAACACAGCUACUGGCCUACCCAGCCCCUGUGAAUGCAGACUAUCAACAGAUCUGUAUUCAUCUCGCUAUCGGGGCUCAUUGACGUCGAUUCCAUCUCCUGGGCUAGAGGUUGUGGGUGGCCCACCCAGGCGACACUCCUGGCGCGCAAAUGCAGCCUCCUUCGACACGUGGAAGGUACCAGCCACUACCUCCACCCCCAGACCCACUUGGUCAUCAAUGCCAUCGUCACCCACUCAUAUUCAUCGGCCCAGUGUUACCCGGAGCGUGAAAAAUCCACCGAAACGAACUCGCUCCAAGGUUACCUUUCAAGAGUGCCCGAUGAUAAGAGGAAGCCUCCCCAAUUUACGAUCAGACGUAAUAGCCGGUGAAAACAGUGGCGACUCAACCGAGUCCCUCAUUGACGAGGCUGAGGAAUACCUCAGACGCAGUAUUGAUUCUAUGUUAACUAUUUCGGGGGAUUACUGGAGUCGGCAAUCAGCCAGACGAAGACGAACGAGGAGACACUCUGAGCCGGAUCUCUUCAGGGAGUGGAAUCCACCGCAGGACGCAAGACCAUAUUUACCAAAGAUUCCCCGAGAUUUAAAGUUGGAUCACCUAGUAAAAGUGAUAUCGCCAGAAGGCCGAGUACUUCAAGGAAGGGUUCGUUACAUUGGGCCAGUGCCAGGUAGAGAAGAUAUUCAUGUUGGUGUUGAACUACCAACCGAGUCAGGAGUAUCUGACGGGACAUUUCAUGGCCGACGUUUCUUUGACUGUGAGCAAGAUCGUGCUGUCUUCGUACCCUUCAAAAAAGUUGUACUCGCGUGGUGCACCACCUGACCCGAACUGUCUGCCGGCGGCGCCGGUACCGGCUCGUUCCCAACGCCAAGGAUUCUUCUCUCUCAGUACACAAUGUAAAAUCGAUACAGCCCAGGGAUUAUCAUACGUAUAUCGAUGACGUUUAUCGUGAGUAAAUACAAACAACUUUGAGUGCUUUUGAGAGAAGUUUGGCAUGCAAAGGGUGUUGACCAUUGCUAAUGAUGUUUUCAGAAAUUGUUUUUCAUUAUUUUUUUUGUUGAAACUAACAUCAAAAGAUAAUCAAAAUGUCUUGGACUCAGUGUUGGGAGAUAAAUGGAAUUCCUUCGAUCAUUGGUACCGUCAUUCAUUCAGUUGAUCCAGUCAUUGUCACUAGUUGUCUUCUGUCAGUCCACAUAUUUUUACAAGAAUUGGGCAAUUCAAGAGCCUUUGCGAUUGAAUAAAAAAUGUAUCCAAUUAUUGGAUAGAGAUUAUUUUUAUUCUCAAGUGAAAGUAUACAAAAUACUUGAAUACCUGAAAAAUUGACGCCGACUUUUUUUCAAGUGAUACAUAUUGGAACAGUGACAAUGAUUGUUCCAUUGAUCUUAUUUCCUGUCUCCAUGGAGCGAUUUAAAAAAAUCGUGGCUCAUGUCAAACCCCGGAAAAAUAUCUCCAAACUGAACAAAAAUCGUUGAAUUUGACUCAACCGAUCUUGAUUUAUCAAAGAUUGAAGAAGUUCCAUUUUUAAAAAGUGCAGAAUAGGGGAAAAAAGUGAAUUUUAGUUUGAAAAAAAAUAUUUUGCCGAGAUAGAAAUUGUAGAGACCUACGCAAUACCAUAAAAUAGAUAUUGAAGAGCUUUUUAUGAAUCAUAUCGAAAGGCUGUAACGAUUUCCAAGGUGUGUCCAAGCUACUGUUGUCCAACUGGAAUAACGUUAUCGGUUCAAAUAUUCUGGUAACAGUGUUAAAAUAGCAUACAUAGAUGUGUCUCUAUGUCCAACGUGUAAACAUGAUUGUCAAUCGUGACACGGGAUGUCACGCCACUAAAUCGUUCAAUUAAUGCCGGAGCGUAACCCACGGCAGAAUAUAUUGUCUAUUUUAUCAAUCUAAGGGUAAUAUUUAGGAUUAAUUGAAUUUGAGUUGGUUGUCAUUUGCCAAUCCACGAGAAUACCUGUGGGGUUGAUGGUUGGGAAUUAAUUAUUUUAUGUUCUACGUCCAUUAGUAUUUUUUUUUAUUGGCAUUCAAUUUCAGGCCAGUGCUUUUCAGAUUCAGUCCUCUGGAUCUUUUUAUGCGUGAAAUAUUGUAUUUCCAGGGGUAAUCGACGUGUACUCGGAAGGAUAAUUACUCACAAAAUUUACGAAAAAUUAUUGGAGAUAUAUUUGGAGCAAGAUUUUUUUUAAAGAAUCCGAUUUUGCUUUGCCUGGGGAUUUUUAUUCGGUAUUUUUUUUUUCGAUUGACAUUUUUUCCCCUGGUAGAAAGUAUCCCUUUACCGACACUAUUCGAAAUGUUUACUAACAUCCUUGAAAUACUGCGAAUACCUGUCCUCGAAUAUUCUCCAAAUUUUUUCACCCCUUUGUGGUACCCAAUAGCGUUGAUUCCUCUAUCAACACCGUAAACUCAAUUAAUCGUACUAAAAGCCCUCGGUACCAACAAACUCCAUUGAAAACUCGUGUACAACGUCAAAGUUUCGUUAUCGUUUUCCACCCAGUAUCUCAGGCAAACAGUGGAUAAAAUGAGGUUUAACAUCGCGUGUCAACCAGUACAUUCGUGAAAAUGAAAAAUUAAAUGAUACAUCACAAACGGCCAAACACACUCCAAACGCCAAUUAAUUGCAAGUUAUCGCCAUUUCAGUACAACAAUGCAUAAUCGUAAUGAAUUAUCGUUUCAUAAUACUUGAGUACAACUUUUUUUAAUGUGAUCGUGCUGCAUUAAUAAUAAUUUUAGUCUUUUAGGGAGCAUUGACAAACGCAGUAUUCUUCAUUGACUUACAAAGAUUAGAAAUCUUUCCAUCUUUAGGAAAAAAAAAAACAAUCACGAAAGGUUUCGUUUUAUUUUAAUUGUUAAGGUAACGCCAUGGUGCAAAUUUUAUUCCCAAAGUAGUCGCUUUAUCCCCGCAAUUUAUUUAAUUAGAUCUCAAUUAUUAUUUUUAUUAUUAUUAUUAUUAUUAUUAUUAUUAUUAUUCCGUUGAUUUUAUUUUUUAUUUGCAUGUACUUAGGAUGACUCGUGUUCACUGAGAAAGAAAAUGACAUAUGACAAGGAAUUAUUUUGUUCGAAGAAGAAUUUACUAUUUAAUAAUGUACAAUUGUUUUCCUGAUCUAUUGAGCCAAUGAGUCCAAUGAAUCCAGGAUAACUCCUGGACUAUCGGCCGAGCAUAUGACUAAGGUUUUCCAUGGUUUUCUAGACACUCUCAUCCCAAAUCGAGGGCAGUUAGAGAAGUAAAUAAAAAAACUUGAGAAGUUAUGUAGGUGAAAAAAAAAUAGAAUAAUUCCACAUGCUAAUAGUAAUCAAAGAAAUUUAUUCAAGGUUAACUGUCGUAUAAUGGUUCUAUAAUUCAACAGCAAAAAAGUAAAUUCUUCUCCCGAUUCAAUAAUUCCUCGACAAGAGUAAUUUUUGUCCCCAGUGUCGCGUGGAUAAGUCAGUUGAUGAUUGAAAUGUUGUAUUAUUUUUGGGAUAACGAACGUGGGGAAAGGAUAAUGCAAAUGUACCUGCUUCGAUGAUCGUUCGAAUAACUUAAUCGUCCGGUCAUUAAAUUCUGUCUCUGUCUACAAUCGCGAUUGUAUCUAUUGAUUUAUAUUUAAAUAUGAAUUUAUCUGGAGAAUCUAUAUGAAAUAUAUUGUAUAAAUAAUAGGUAAACAGGGGGGGGAGGAAGUGUUGGAGGGGAAUACAGUGAUUAAUAUAUGGUUAAUCGAUGAAUGUUACAGGAAAAUUGUGAAAUUUUCAGUGUCUUCAGUGUAACUAGGUAGAAUAAUUUGGCAUUCAGAGAUGGAACUCGAUGCAGAGUUGUAGAUUUUCUUCAGUUUUUGUUGAGAUCUGAGGGAGGGGUAGAUAAAUUUUUUAAUAUAUUUGAAUACAAAAUAUGGGAGUGUAUAUUUUUUACUUUUUCAAGGAUUAUCAGGAAUUGAUUUGUUUUUGAGUUUUCCGAGGUAACGGUCCACCACGUAGCUGACUAUUUCGUGUAAUGUGGAUCAAGUCGAACGGGCAUGCUCUCUAAUUCCAGUUUGAUUGACAUCGGCAGGUUGAAAAUAUUCAGGGGGAGAAAAAUGAAAGGUUUAUUAUCGCACAAUAAUCCAAGAUCUCGAGAAUGUGGGGACUGUACUGUUUAAUUUAUUUAGCUGCAUUAUGAAACUUUUGGUUUAAGAGUGAAGAAGGACUCGGGGGGGAGAGGAGUCUGACGAUGAAAGACGAUGUUUGUGCAUUCAUAACGAGUGUUAUGUGGUGUGGAGAUGGAAAACCAAGUGUACCGAAGAAAAUAAAUCUAUUAUUACUGUA